ACACCACAGUGUCUACCUUUGUGUUUUUCUGUUAGACAAUUAGCAAAUUCUGCUUUGUGUUUUCAGCUAUGGAUUGUUAGGAAAAAUAGAGGCAUCCAAUUUCAUAUAGUUUAUAUGAGAAAUCAAGGAUGUUGAAGGACUACAUACAAGGCAUCAGAGCAGCUUAUACUAAAGAUUUUUCCAGUAAGGAUAUCACAAGGCGGCAAAUAGCAGUUGCCACCUAUCUUAUUGAUAAACUAGCUCUCUGGGCAGGCAAUGAGAAGGAUGGUGAUGAAGCUGAUACCGUUUGUUGCUGCACAUUGAAAGUAGAAAAUGUAGAACCAAUGCCUCCAAAUAUUCUGAAGUUUGACUUCCUUGGUAAAGAUUCAAUUAGAUACCAAAAUGAGGUUGAAGUUGAACUUCCUGUGUUAAAGGCAAUUCAGCAGUUCUAAACUGGAAAAAGUGGCGGCGAUGAUCUUUUUGACAAGCUGGAUACCAAUAAACUGAAUGCUCAUCUGAAGGAACUCAUGCCUGGUCUCACAGAAAAGGUUUUCCGUACAUAUAAUGCAUCUAUAACUUUGGAUGAGAUGGUAAGAGGCAAGCUGGGAUUUUUCACACCUUGAAGUUAGUAUUUUUCCUGUGAAUAUGAAUUUACUAUGUUAACCAAACUUUUGGUACACAUGGGAGUGUUUGUGUUGGUGAUUGGAUUGUCUGACCAUCAACUUUUGGUACACAUGGGAAUAUGGGACCCGGCCAAAUAGUUGUACUGGUGCUUAUUUGAAAGGUGGUACUAGGGUGAAGUAAUAAAAAAUCAAUAAAUAUGGGCUAUCUAACAAAACAUAUUGGAAAUAAGAUUUUGAAAUAUAACAAAUAGUUGUUGUCAUUUGACAUUAUUGAAAGUAGAAAUGGUUUUUAACAAAUAAUUGCUGUCAUUUGACAGUAAUGAACUUGAUAUGCAUUGGCAAGAUAACUCAACUCAACUUACGA